AGGGUCAUCAUCUUUCCCUCACUUCCAGUCUCUUGGCAGGGUAAGGGCAGAUGACAACCUGAAAUCCAGCCAAGCCCAUAGUUACAAUCGCUGCCAAGAUCAACUUUAGCAAAUUGGAGGUGUCAGUAAUCUUUAGGUUGUCCUCCUUUAUUUCACCUAUUUUCACCUUUUUAAAGGAGUAUUUUGAAGUAUGAAUCAAUGAGAAAAACAAGAAACAUCCCAUAGCCUCCCACUGCAGCACUGCAGUCAAGGUCUCCUGUUACAUCAAGAUAUUUAGUCAUUGGCCAACCAGUCAUCUGCCAAUUCAUCAUUUGCCAACCAGUCCUCGGCCAUCCAAUCAUCAUCAACCAGACCUUGGCCAAUCAGGAAGGAAUCAACUGGGCAUGCACCAAUCAAGCUUAUCAUACAUGAACCAACCAAGCAUAGGUCUGACAGGUAUGAACUUAUUUGGUAUGAAUCAAAAGGAUAUGAACCAAUCAAGCAUGAUCCUACCUGAUAGAAACCAACUGGGCAUGAAAGAACCAGGCAUGAGCCCACCAGAUCUGAGGCAAACAGUCAUUAGUCAACCAGGGCCCAGUCAAUCAGGCAUGUGGCAACCAAGCCCUUACCAGAUAGGCAUGAGACACACUUUCCCAUGGCAACUAGGCCCAAGCCAACCAGGUAUGAGGACACCUGGUAUGGGCCAAUCAGGCAUGAGUCAACUGCAACUAGGCUCACAUCAACACAGCACUGUUCAAUCAGGUAUGUGGCAACCAUGUCCUAUCCAACCAGGCAUCAGACCUUUAUGUCCAAGCCAAUCAGGCAUGAGGCAACCAGUUCCUAGUCAGCUAGGUAUGAGGCAACCAGGCCCAAGCCAAUCAGCAGUGAGACCAAGUUCUAGCCAACUAGAUAUCAGGCAACCAGGCCCAAGCCAAUCAGACAUGCAGCAGCCAAGCAUGGAUUCAUUCCUAGUAAGACCUGCGGAAGCUCAAGACUGCCCAGAAAUCCUGCAUCUAAUUAAAGAAUUGGCUGCCUGUGAAAAUAUGCUAGAUGCAGUUAAGUUAACAACAACAGAUUUACUAAGGGAUGGCUUUGGGGACAAUCCCCUUUUCUAUUGUCUCAUUGCAGAAGUACACAAUCAACAAAAAACAUCAGACAAAGUGACCGUUGGGUUUGCCAUGUACUACUUCACAUACGACCCCUGGAUUGGCAAGUUACUUUACCUAGAGGACUUUUAUGUCAAACAAGCUUACCGAGGUCUAGGUAUUGGGGCUGAAAUGCUGAGGAGACUAAGUCAGAUAGCCAUCAGAAGCCAGUGUAACUGCAUGCAUUUUCUUGUCGCCAUUUGGAACCAGGCUUCUGUUGAGUACUACACUCGUCAAGGGGCUUUAGACCUUUCCUCUGAAGAGGGCUGGCAUCUGUUCAGGUUUAACAGAGAAGAACUCAUGGACAUGGCAGAGGCAGAGUGAUAACUCAUCACAACAUGUCCCAACAUAUGCUCCAACAUCUGAGUAUCAUGUAACAGCAGGUUGAGUGUUGUACAAUACAGCAAGUGAUCAAAUACUGA